AUUUGUUGAGAACAGAAAUUCUUGCCGUGACUCGGUCUACAUACUGGCCUCCAGUUCACAUUGUAGGCAUGUAACAGAGCAUGUUAACAUUGAGGGGCUUGCUAGCGACUGAUGACUUUUGCUGAUUCUUAAACCGUGUGCUCUCUGCUUUACUGUUCUGAAUUUCUGGUCAGCAAAAUGUAGCCUGACCACAGCGCUAUCGCUGUACAUACUCUAAUGGUUUCACUUCAACGAAAAUGAGACUUGCCUAUUUCUCGAGGGGACAAAAAUUCAUAGCAGUGAUAAAAUUAAGACUACUAAUUGUGACACGAAAGUCUAUUAAUAUAGUUUGUGCGUGCUGCUUCUGUGGUGAAGUAGCAAACUGGAAUGUACAUGUGAGCCAACAUACCUUACAUUUCUCUAUUAUGGCUGGAGCACUGGCACUGGUCGUCUUCUCCUUGCUGCUGUGCGCCUUCCCAUCCCAUGCACUGCAUCCCCCCUCUUCUAACAGGAUGGUGAGCAGCAACACAACCACAGCCGACGAGCUCUCUCUCCUCUCUUUCAAAUCCAUGCUGUCCGGAGGCCCGCUUCCAUCAUGGAACUCGUCCGGCAGCUACUGCAGCUGGCCAGGUGUCAUCUGCGGAGGCCGGCGGCACCCUGAUAGGGUUGUCGCGCUGCGCUUGCACUCAUACAACUUAUCAGGAUGGCUCUCGCCGUCCUUGGGGAACCUGUCCUUCCUCCAGAAGCUGGACCUCAGUGAUAACCAGCUAGUUGGGCAGAUACCUCCGGAGCUUGGUCGUCUUAUUAGACUCAGGCUGCUGAACCUGAGUGACAAUUCUCUCCAAGGCAGCAUUCCUGCAGCUCUCAGAGGAUGCACCAAACUCACCAGGCUUGACCUAUUCAGCAACCAGCUCCAAGGAGAGAUCCCACCACGGCUUGCUGAGUUGACAUCGAUGGAAUACAUGAGUUUGGGUCACAACCGACUGUCUGGUGAAAUACCACCUGGUCUAGGCAACCUCUCCAAAAUGUGGUAUCUUGCUCUCAGCUUCAACAUGCUAUCAGGAUCUAUCCCUUCAUCUUUUGGCAUGUUGUCCAGCUUAUCCACGAUCACGUUAAGCAGUAACAAUUUAACUGGAGCAAUCCCCAUUUCCUUUUGGAACAUUUCGUCCUUAAAAUUCCUUGUUGUUCAGGACAAUAUGUUAAGUGGAACAAUACCUCCAACCAAAUGAUAUGAAUGGACAGAAACAAAUUUCAUGGCCACAUCCCAGCUUCCAUAGCUAAUGCUUCUGAUAUAUCAGAAAUUCAACUCAACUGUAAUUUUUUCAGCGGCUAUGUUCCUCCAGAGCUUGGAAGGUUAAGAGAUCUUUAUUGGCUACAAAUUUCGCAUAAUUUGCUUCAAGCUAAAGAGCCCAAAGAUUAGGAAUUCAUAACUGCAUUAACAAAUUGCUCCCAGCUACAAGUUUUGGGACUGAAUGCCAAUAAGUUUGAGGGAGUUCUCCCUAUUUCUCUUUCCAACCUUUCCACUUCGCUAGUACAUCUUGAACUCAAAUCCAACAGAAUCAAAGGAAGCAUUCCUGAAGGUAUUGGUAAUCUCGUCAAUCUACAACGUCUCGUCCUCAUGCAAAACUCUUUCACCGGCACUCUUCCCUCUUCUUUGGGUAGGCUUUAAAUACAUGGGAGGACUCACUGGAGGUGAAAAUAAAAUUAGUGGGUCAAUUCCAUGGACAAUAGGCAAUCUUACCGAACUCAAUUAUUUGGACCUUUACAUGAAUGACUUCAGCCAUGAUUUGCCAAGCACACUUGUAAACCUCACAAAGUUGUUUGGAUUAUAUGUGUCAAGUAAUAACAUUACAGGACAAAUACCCAGUGGAUUAUUCGACAUUGUAACUCUUCAGGGUAUUUUUAUCUAUCAAAUAAUAACUUGGAGGGGUCGAUACCUAAAGAAAUUGGAAAUCUGAAAAAUCUUGUCGAUUUCCGUGCAGAAUCUAACAAAUUGUCAGGUGAAAUCCCAGACACGCUUGGUGGAUGUCAACUUCUGCAGGUCCUCUCUCUCCAAAACAUCUUAAAUGGUGGCAUCCCAUCAGUCCUGGGCGGACUGAAGGGUCUAGAAACCCUUGACCUCUCCAGCAACAAUUUGUCAGGCCAGAUACCAAAGUCCUUAGGGGACCUCACCACACUCCAUUAUCUCAACCUUUCCUUCAAUAGCUUAGCUGGACAAGUGCCAAUUGUUGGAGUUUUUGCAAAUUCUACAGCAGUAUCAAUACAAGGCAAUGGAAAGCUUUGUGGUGGGAUUCCUGGUCUGCAUUUGCCCCUUUGUUCUUUGCAAAUAGCAAAGAAAAAACAUAAAUUUCCGGUGGUACCUACGCUUGUUUCUCUCAUUUCAACACUAGCCGUUCUUGCAUUACUGUACAAGCUCCUUACUUGUCAGAAAAAAAGAAAAGAAAUGAUUCCUUCAACAAACUCCAUGCAAGAUCGCUCAUUGAUCUCUUAUUCUCACUUGGUAAAGGCAACGGAUGAUUUCUCGGUGAGCAAUUUGCUGGGUUCUGGAUCAUUUGGUUCUGUGUACAAAGGUAAGUUAGAUGGCCAUGCUGGAGAAAGCGCAACUUUUGUUGCUGUCAAGGUAUUGAAACUUCAAACUCCUAAAGCGCUCGAGAGUUUCACUGCUGAAUGUGAAGCUCUCCGAAACAUGCGGCACCGGAAUCUUGUCAAGAUAAUAACAGUUUGCUCAAGUAUUGACACCCAAAGGAAUGACUUCAAAGCAAUAGUGUAUGACUUCAUGCCUAAUGGUAAUCUAGAAGGUUGGCUACAUCCUCACACAAACGACAAAACAGAGCAGAAGCACUUGAAUCUGCUUCAAAGAGUGACCAUACUACGUGAUGUGGCUUAUGCGUUGGACUACCUGCAUUGCCAUGGGCCUGCACCUACUGUACAUUGUGAUCUGAAGUCAAGUAAUGUGCUCUUAGAUGCUGAAAUGGUAGCCCAUGUUGGAGAUUUUGGACUCUCUUCUUGUUGAAGAAAGCUCAAUUCUCCAUCAGUCAUGAGCUCAAUGGGAUUUAGAGGGACAAUUGGUUACGCUGCCCCAGAGUAUGGUGCUGGAAACAUGGUGUCGACGCAUGGAGAUAUUUACAGCUAUGGAAUUGUCGUGUUAGAAACGGUCACCGGGAAGAUGCCCACGGAUAGCAAAUCCAGGCAAGGAUUAAGCCUCCGUGAAUAUGCUCAGCUUGGUCUGUGUGACAGAAUGUUGGAUGUUGUUGACCCACGACUUUCUAUCGACCUUGGGAGUGGGCUUAAGACUGCAAAUGCGCUUUCAUACAGGAGAGCACUUGAAUGCCUUGUUUCACUGCUUAGACUUGGAAUGUCCUGCUCUCAGGAAUUGCCAUCGAGUAGAAUGUCAACUGGAGAUAUCAUCAAGGAACUGCAUGCCAUCGGAGAAUCCCUCCAGGGAAUACAGAGCAUGGAGAUGGAAAAUUGUGCUAACAAGAUUUAGAGUGCUUCAUUUGUUGAUGUUACCUGUUUCCUCUAGCUAAGAUGGAAUUAUUACCAGUUUCCCGCCUCAGGUGGAGCUAUUUCCCUGAUGCGCGCAUCAGAGUUAUGUUUCAGUUAGGAUCUCAACGGUGGAUCUCAGAAACCUACAUUAUCGUUGUUCAUAUCUUGCUAACAAGAGUAAAUUUCACAGAACCAUAGGUUUUGAGGCA